AUGCACCACCAUAGGGGAUCUGAUGAAGAGGAUGACCAGCACUCUGCUGCACAUGAUGACCACCAUAGACCGAGAGGGAUGAGAGGUAAUAGGGGUGGAAGAGGUGGAGGCAGAAACUUGAGAAGAGGUAAUAUGGAGGAAGCAAGAGGGAGAGGGAGAGUGGAUGGUAACAUUAGUGGGAUCAAAAUGAAAAUUCCGCCAUUCCAAGGCAAAGCCAAUCCGGAUGCAUAUUUGGAGUGGGAGAGGAAGGUGGAUCUCAUUUUUUAUUGUCACAAUUAUAGUGAGGAAAAGAAGGUGAAGCUUGCAGUAGUUGAGUUUACAGAUUAUGCCAUAGUUUGGUGGGAUCAAUUGCUCACUAAAAGAAGGAGAAAUGGGAUGAGGGGUGUUGAAACUUGGGAUGAGAUGAAGCAAAUCAUGAGGGACAGAUUUGUACCUCAACAUUACUAUAGGGAGUUGCACCAAAGGUUGCAAGGGCUGGUGCAGGGAAACAAAAGUGUGGAAGAAUAUUUCAAGGAGAUGGAGAUGGCUAUGAUAAGAGCCAAUGUAGAGGUGGAUAGGGAAGCCACUAUGGCUAGGUUCCUAAAGGGGCUGAAUCUUGAUAUUGCCAACAUAGUGGAGCUACAACACUAUGUAGAGCUUGAUGACAUGUUAAAUAUGGCAAUCAAGAUAGAAAAACAACUAAAUAGGAAGAAAGCAUUCAAAAUGGGUGUAGGUAUGAAUUUGGGCAACAAUGCUCCAUGGAAACCGAAUUGGAAGAAGGGUGAAACUAGUGAUUCCAAGGCUAUUUCUAAGGAAAAGAAAGAGGAGACUAGGGGUGGAGAAAAGCCUAGUGUGACUGAGAAAGGCAAUGGACAGAAUACCUCUAGUGGGAGAACUAGGGAUAUCAAAUGUUUUAGGUGCCUAGGGAAGGGACAUUAUGCAUCUCAAUGUCCUAACAAGAGGGUGAUGGUGAUGAGGCCGAAUGGAGAGAUCGAAUCAGAAGAUGAUGAUGUUGAUGAUGAUGAUGCUAGUGAGAGUAUGCCUCCUUUGGAGGAAGCUAGUGAUGUAGAGCAUGCCGUGGGAGGAAAUAUUCUGGUGGUUAGGCGUGCACUAAGUGCACAAGCAAAGGAAGAAGAGGGAGAUGCACUGCAAAGGGAAAAUAUUUUCCACACUAGAUGCUUGGUGAAUGGUAAAACUUGUAGCAUGAUUGUAGAUAGUGGUAGUUGUGUGAAUGUUGCCAGCACACUCAUGGUUGCGAAGCUUGGCAUGCGCACCAUCAAGCAUCCUAGACUAUACAAGUUGCAAUGGCUGAAUGACUGUGGGGAAAUUAAGGUGAACAAGCAAGUGAUGUUGGCUUUUUCUAUUGGAAGGUAUAAGGAUGAGGUGUUGUGUGAUGUGGUGCCAAUGCAUGCUGGACAUAUUUUGCUAGGGAGACCAUGGCAAUAUGAUAGGAAGGUAGUGCAUGAUGGAUUUAGGAAUAGGUACUCCUUUGAUCAUGAUGGACGAAGGGUUACUUUAGCAGCAUUAUCACCCGCACAAGCUUUUGAAGAUCAAUUAAGGAUAAAACAGUCCAUGAAUGAGCAACAACAAAGAGAGGCCGAGCUAAGAGGAGCUAACACCAAUGUUUCUAACCCUGACCAAUCCAUUCCUAGUUGUGCUUUGUCCUUAUUGCAGGAGUUUGAGGAUGUCUUCCCUGAAGAAAUACCUAAUGGGCUACCACCAAUUCGAGGCAUAGAGCACCAAAUAGAUUUUGUGCCUGGAGCUGUAAUCCCAAAUAGGCCAGCCUAUAGAACCAAUCCGGAAGAGGCUAAGGAACUUCAAAGACAAGUGGAGGAGCUUCUAGCAAAAGGCCAUGUUAGGGAGAGCAUGAGCCCAUGUGCCGUACCCGUUCUUUUGGUGCCUAAGAAAGAUGGGAGCAUGCGCAUGUGUGUGGAUUGUAGAGCAAUCAACAAAAUCACUGUAAAGUAUAGACAUCCCGUACCUAGACUUGAUGAUAUGCUUGAUGAGUUGCAUGGUGCAUGCAUAUUUUCUAAAAUUGACUUAAAGAGUGGUUAUCACCAAAUUCGCAUGAAAUUAGGAGAUGAAUGGAAAACUGCCUUUAAGACUCAAUAUGGACUAUAUGAAUGGUUAGUCAUGCCAUUUGGCUUGACCAAUGCACCUAGUACAUUUAUGAGGCUUAUGAACCAUGUGUUGCGUGCUUUCCUAGGAAAAUUUGUUGUAGUGUAUUUUGAUGAUAUCCUAGUAUAUAGCCAAAAUAUCCAUGAUCAUUUGCUGCACUUGAGACAAGUCUUUGAGGUGUUGAGAAAAGAGCACUUGUAUGCCAAUCUUAAGAAAUGCACUUUUUGUAUGGACAAAGUUAUUUUCUUAGGAUUUGUGGUUAGUGUCAAGGUAAUUUAUGUUGAUGAGGAAAAGGUAAUAGACAUUAGAGAGUGGCCUACACCUAAGUCGGUGAUUGAUUUGAGGAGCUUCCAUGGGUUGUUUAGUUUUAUAGGAGAUUUGUAA